GAUUUCAGGGAAACGCUGUCAGAUUCGCUUUCCCGUGUAGGUGUGUGUGUGACAGUAUGUGCGUGUGAACGUGUGUUGUGUGUAUAUAUCUGAUAGGGCACAUGUAAAGCUACAUGGAGUGUUUAAUUUCUAGACUUUGAUGAAAAAGACGCUGGGACAACACGUGAAUUUUGUGCUAACGCUUUCGGGUUACGAAUGAAUCUGAGUUUUGGUUCCUAGCAUCCUUUCAAGGAAGAAAUUCAACCACGACCUUCUCGAAGCACCGCGUCAUGUCUGCAAAUGGCACUGGCAAAUCUGGCAGACUCCAGACGGAAGAUAAAAGCAGACAGCGAAAAUUCCUCUCUUUUCUUUUUUACCAAGCUGUGCGGGAUCACAAGCCUGUGUGGAUGUUAGAGGACAUGCGGACCAUGGAAACAUUUUAUUGGGAAGAGAAUGCUAGCCAAAGAUCAUACACUCCUUCCGAAGCUCUGUUAUAUGCUAUAGUACACGAUCAUCAACCCUAUGCACAGCACUUGCUUAGUCACUAUUCGGAGGAGGCUUUGGCUAUGCCAGGUGAACGUUUUUGCUGCUGUCCGUCCUCGGCACCGCACCUGGCAAUGGCUGUCAGAUAUGACAGAAGGGACAUUCUCGGUCUUAUUCUCCAGGUGGCGCAUCGAUUGCCAGCACUCCGCUCUUACUUGAACCGCGGCGGAUGCUUCCAUUUGGAGGACGGUAAGACCCCAUUACAUCUGGCCUGUGAGCUCUUGCGCUCAGAGGCAGUCAUUCUAUUACUGGGAAGCGGCGCCUCGCCCCAAGCCGAGGACAACAAUGGCAUGACGCCUUUGGACGUCAUUUUAGAGCAGCUGUGGGACUCCAAAGUUAACGUGGGAGCCAAAAAGCUAUGUCUUGACAAUUUGCUGCUCUUCAUGCCUGAGAUACGCUUUAAAAUGAAGGAAUCCCUCGAAAAAGACCCUGUGUGCUGGUCAAAGGUUCUUGGAGAUGACAAAUUUAACCACCUCGUCGGAAAGAAUCCGGCUCCACUCUUUCUCAUAGCUAUGCAAAAAAUCCUUCGGAUGCUGCCCCCGGAGCAAUUUCCGAAAAGCCUGCAUGACCUCCCAAUUCCGACCUCAUUGAAGCCGCUCCCUGUGCCCUGCAAACAGCGGCUGCAAAUACAAGUGUUGUAGGCAAUUUUGUAUUUUUACGAGUUUUUAAUAUUGAAUAUGUACGGAUGUAAUAUAAUGUAUGUAUUGAACAAGUCUUGCAUGGUAUAUGAGUGUCUCAAGCACGUCAUGUAAUUUGGUCAAUGAUUCUGAAGUGAGAACGCCAAUCCAAAUGACUAUGUACGUCCUCAUGAAAUGUAAACCGUAUCAUCUGUUUGACUGAAAAGCAAUAUUGUAGUACACUAUGCCUGUACACUGAUUAUGUUUUAUCAGUAUUACAAGCCCAACAUGUAUUUCUUUUUUUCCCUUUAGCGCAGGUUAUAAUUUUGGCUUUUUGCAAAUCGAAGAAAUAUUAAUUGAUGUUACAGCAUAGCUGUUUUAUAUUUUUAAUAAAUAUAAGAAUGUUUUAAGAUCCACUAUCUAUACAACACAAGUUGUUUCUUAUGGGAAUAUGAAAUAUCAGCUUUAUAUAUGCAAUUUCAGAUAUUUAAAAAAUAUUUAUUUUGUUAUUUUUUCCUAAUGAUUACAUCCAUCUUAUAAGAUGACAUUUAAUUUGUCAAGAACUAAAUAAAUUAAAAAUAAUGUAGAAAAACAGACAGCUGCAUAAUGCAUUUGUUGAUGCUAAUGCACAUGCAGUUUUGUUUUUGAAUAAAUGAAUAUCCUGCAUAUCAA